AUGCCGCCGAAGAAACGUAAGGCUGCAUCGGCAAAGGGCACAAAGACCACCGAUCCUGAUACCUCAAGUGUGGUCUUAUCCCCAGCGGGUCGUCCCAAGCGAAAUUCUGUCAGUGAACCAAGAUAUGACUUCAUCAACCACCAUCGGCCCAGUACAACUGGCAAACGCGGUCGCCCGUCUGGUGCCAGUCCUAUUGCCCGUGCUGCUAUACACAAAUCUCCUGUUGCAGCCACUCAGAAUGUCGUCGGACGAAAGCGAAAGCGGGCUGUGUCGGUCUCUUCGGUAAAUGGAGCAGACGCAGAUACUCCCACAGCAACACCGGCAAAACGUGGACGUGGCAGACCCCGCAAAGUCCAGGCCGCACCUGAGCCUGUCGCAGAGACAGCAACUGACGCGACACCUAAGAAACGUGGCCGACCCCGCAAGGUCACGUUCGAAUCUGAGCCUGUGACCGUGAAAUCCACAGACGAGCCACCUAAAAACCGUGGCAGACCUCGCAAGGUCGCCGCGAAAGCUGAGUCUGUCACUGAAAAAGCUCCAAACGCAGCGUCCGUGAGAAAACGUGGUAGGCCCCGCAAGCUCAAGGCCGAAGCUGAGCCUGUCGCUGAAGAGGACUCUGCCCACUCCGAUAUCGAGGUUGAUGUUCCAGAGCAGGACGGGGGUGUCGAAACUAAGGAUUCUGACAUUCAGUACUGGCUCAUGAAGGCCGAACCAAACUCCCGUAUGGAAAAGGGUCAUGAUGUCAAGUUUUCUAUCGACGAUCUGAUGGCCAAGACUGAACCAGAAGCCUGGGAUGGUGUCCGCAACGCAGCCGCUCGCAACAACAUGCGAGCCAUGCGAAAGGGCGAUCUUGCAUUCUUCUACCAUUCGAACUGUGAUGUUCCCGGCAUUGCUGGAGUCAUGCGUAUCGUGCAAGAACACAGCGUCGAUGAGUCUGCCUUCGAUCCGAACCACCCUUACUACGAUCCCAAGUCUGAUCGGGCCAAGCCAAAAUGGGAUGUCGUGCACGUCGAGUUUGUGCGAAAGUUCGACAAGUUGGUCACUCUGAAGGAGCUCAAGUCUUUCUCCGAGCCUAGUGGGGCGUUGAAAGACAUGCAGAUGCUCAGACAGAGUCGGCUGAGUGUUUCUUCGGUGAAACCCGCAGAGUGGGAAUUCAUUCUUCAACUGGCUGGGGAACCUUUAACGCUCGGUCAAGAAGCUGGUAAAGACGGCUACGAGUCCGAUGUUGAUGGAGAGGGCGAGGAAACGGUAGCAGAUGUGGAUGCGGACUUGGACACUGAUGCGGCGAAAUCGGUCUCAGGCAACAAUGAUAGCGAAGUUGAGGAUGACGAAGAUGGGGCUGACGAAGUCGAACUUGAUCAGGUUGGGGCCGGCAAGGUCAAUGGCACCGCUCUUGAUGGCGCAGACGAGGCGGACGAGGCAGAACACCUUCAGCAGUCAGUGCCUGUAUCUCAAGACGCUUCUUGA